AUGUCUUCAUCAACUGAAGAAUUUUAUAAAUUUGUGGAAAACUGGGACACAGAAACUCUCAUAACUUUUUUAAAGCAUCAAGAUCUGAACCUUGAAGAAAGAUAUUUAGAAUUUCUUCAUAAGCAAGAAAUUAAUGGACGAGCCUUUCUUCUCUUGACUGAGGAAAAGCUUUUAGGCCCUCCUUGUAACUUUGCUGGUGGUCCUGCUUUAAUUCUUGCAGAGCAGAUUAAGAUAUUAAAAGAUAGUAAGAAGAGGGCAUUUUCAUCUUUCAAGACCCAGAAUGAUUUGAAAGAAGUUUUAAAAAAUCAUGGAAUCGUUGAUGGAUACAGUAUUAUUAACAUCCCACAAUUUGAACCAGCCUCGUUUCAACGAAUCUCUGGGGAUGGUCAUUAA